AUGCUUUGUGACUUCGACAUGCUCCGACAUGCAUCGUACAUGUCCACCGUACAAGACAGUUUCAACUUGCCUCCUACUCGUCUCCACGACGAUCCUCCUUCAAGGUUCCGAUCCGGCUCACCACCAUCGUUCGGCGACAUUGCCCAAAGCGAGACCAUGCGACUAUACAUCUUCAAGGUAAGGGUCAAUGAGUGA